AUGAAGGUUUGCGUGAAGAAGACUGAAGAGGAGAUUCGGAGAGAGCUGUUCGGUCCGAUUAGAGAAGCGGCGACCACUAGUUUUAAUUUAGGCAUCGAUCCACGCGAAUCAUGGUGCGAAUUAUCGGAAAUGCGACUAAUGCAAUUAAUAAUCGAUUUUAAACCGGCGGGUGUUCAAAAAUAUUUCAAUUUGGCGGCAAUUGUCGAGCGAAUGGCGUUCAUUUUCGACGAUGAUCCGUCGCACUGCGAAAUUUAUCUCAAUGAACGCGAUCGCGUCAAAUUUCGGCAGCAACAACGCGAAUUGUGCUCGUCGCUUCAUCCGGAAAACGUGAAGCGAUUGAAGUUCCCGACGAAUUUUGCGACGAGACCGAGUCCGAAGGAGAUUGAGCGAAAAGUCCAAGAGUUGUAUGAUAUGAAAGUUGUCGAGAAGAAUGAAGGUCUUCCCGACAAUUUCGACAUGCCCAGCGAGUUCUUUCUUCCCGACGGCGAGUUUUCCGAGUUGAUGCGCAAAAAAGAAGAGCGCAGUGUGUCGGUGACAUCGUCGACGACGACGACGACGUCGAAGCGACGAAAAUUGGGAACACCGUCCGACGACUAG